AGCUUAUACGUACUAUUAAGAACAACCGAAGGCGUCUCGAGGUCUAAAAACGCUCCGUGUCGCGGCUGUAUUCAUGCCGCUAAGCUGACACUAGAUGGGUGAUAGAAGUUCUCAAAAUUUGUACUUAAAUAUUUUUAAAUGACCUCAAUUUUCGUUCAGAGGUCAGGCGUUGAUACUUUAUUUUGCAUAACCGAUGAUUUCCCAAGCCUAGACAACAUAACGAAAAGGAUGCCUAAGGAUUUUUAAAGAGUGUAGGUUACCCACUCAAAAUCAACGGACACUCACCAUGUUGGAUCAGACGGAAAGGAAGAAGGAAAGGAUUGUGGGUAAUUUAACUACGGCGACGCCUGUUGGUGACGUCAUCUGUACGCGACAGAAAGAAAGCGGGAUGAUCGCGUUUCUUUGAAGUGUAAAAAAUGCUUUUUACACUUGUAUUAACAUUUAUCUACUUUUAAUUUGAAUGUGUACGGAGUCAAGCGUGAUUUAGUACUGAUCGAGAUGGCCACACAAAGAGUCCUGCCUCAAAGCAAAGAAUCUCUUCUGCAGAACUACAACAAGAGAUUGAAAGAUGAUAUCAGAUCAAUUCUUGACAACUUUACCGAAAUAAUCAAAACUGCAAAGGUGGAAGAUGAGACCCAGGUCUCCAGGGCAACACAAGCUGAGCAGGACCACUAUGAAAUGCAUGUGCGAGCUGCCAACAUUGUACGUGCUGGAGAGUCUCUUAUGAAGCUUGUUUCAGACCUGAAGCAGUUUCUCAUCUUGAAUGACUUCCCCUCUGUAAACGAAGCCAUAAGUAACCGCAACCAGCAGCUGCGCACGCUGCAGGAAGAGUGCGACAAGAAGCUUAUCUCCCUGCGUGAUGAGAUCGCCAUUGACCUGUAUGAGCUCGAGGAAGAAUAUUACUCCUCCAGGUACAAAUAGACCAGUGAUCCCAAAAGCGUUUGUAGUCAUCCCUGCCUACCCUUGUUUGCACAAUGCCAUGAACAUGCACAGUGAUGAAUAUGUACAUCUAAAGACAACACACACAGUAAAUCAUGAAGCCAGUAAUGUGCAAGUGUAUUUUAACCUAACCAGGUUUUUUGAUAAUCCAGUCAUUGGUCAUUUAACUUAAGAUCAUUUUCUAACAAUUUAUUAAACUCUCAAGCACAUAAUAUACACUCACCUAAAGGAUUAUUAGGAACACUUUAAUAAUACUGUGUUUGACCCCCUUUUGCGUUCAUAACUGCCUUAAUUCUACAUAGCAUUGAUUCAACAAGGUGCUGAAAGCAUUCUUUAGAAAUGUUGACCCAUAUUGAUAAGAUAGCAUCUUGCAGUUGAUGGAGAUUUGUGGGAUGCACAUCCAGGGCACGAAGCUCCCGUUCCACCACAUCCCAAAGAUGCUCUAUUGGAUUGAGAUCUGGUGACUGUGGGGGUCAUUUUAGUACAGUGAACUCAUUGUCAUGUUCAAGAAACCAAUUUGAAAUGAUUCGAGCUUUGUGACAUGGUGCAUUAUCCUGCUGGAAGUAGCCAUCAGAGGAUGGGUACAUGGUGGUCAUAAAGGGAUGGACAUGGUCAGAAACAAUGCUCAGGUAGAUUAUGGCAUUUAAACGAUGCACAAUUGGCACGAAGGGGCCUAAAGUGUGCCAAGAAAACACCCCCACACCAUUACACCAUUGCAUUAAUGAGAAAUUGAACAGAUGUUCCUAAUAAUCCUUUAGGUGAGUGUACAUGGUCAUACCAUUGUGCCUUAAUGAUUGUUUGUUCAUGCACAUUAGCCUAUAACUACAUAAAAUGUAAUAAAAGAGUGUAUUUUUUAUCUCACACAGUAAUGUGAUGCACUAAGACAUACAAUUCUUGUAAGAUUUUAUGCAAGAUAUCAUCGUAUUAUGAUAGCAAAAAUUUACGAUCCAUGUAGAUCACCAAAGAAAACAAUAUUAUCCAACAUUUUCAGUGCAACUGGUUUUGCACAAGAAAAUGUAACUAUUUCCCCAAAGUGCCUUAAAAGAAGUGUUUUAGAAGGUCCAUGUUGAUCUUGCAAUCAGGACCUGCAUUCACUCUCAGUGGUAGUGUUGUGGCUGGGUCACACUAAAUUUAUGUCUGGUUUAGAGAUUAGUUUAAGAUAAAUCUAGACCACCAGAGAUUUCUGAUGAAUACAUCCUGUCUUGAAAGCGCAUCAAUGUAAAUGAUAAACAGCAUAUACAAAGCAAUAUUUACCAAAAAAUAUUUGUAAUGUAAUUUUAAAUUGGAAUGUACACAUUAAUGUUGGAUCUAUUUUGCAAUAUAUAAAGCACUUUAGAAUUUUUAGAGGAACAAAAAAGAUUAUGGUGUGCUAUAAUUAUUGUACUCGUUGUUAUAAUUGUAAGAAAAUCAACUUCAAAUUAUACUACAAACCUAUUGUUUAUUAAAAUCAAGAACCGAAUCAAACUGUUUUAAAUUUGACUAUAUACUACAUAUAUAUGCCGUGAUUGUUUUCUCUCUGUUAAACUAAUUGUUUUUAAACUGGCAAAAUCUUUAAGGUUUCAUGUGUUAAGUUCAAAAUGUAAUAUUAAACUUUUAUACAAAGUUGUUCUCUCAGUGGUUAAAAAAUUACACUACACUGUUUCUUUGUGGUGACUUAUUAAACCAUCUCAAACUAUUUUGGUCACAUUAGUGUCUGCUAAAAUGUAUCAGAGUAUUUGUCAGUUUUUGCGACUACUUUUAAAUUUCCUAAAUAAACCUGAGUAUAAAGAGA